AUGGAUUACAUCAAAACAAACCCCCUUUAUGUCGGAGGCGCGGUCUUAUGUGUGGUGCUGGCUACAUACGUUUAUGCCGGCCUCUCAAGUCCCCUUUCUCACGUGCCGGGCCCGUGGUACACAAGAUACACCACGCUGGUAUCCACGUACUAUGUCAUUACUGCACACCACCCUAAAUGGGUGCACUCACUACACGCGAAGUACGGCCCUAUAGUUCGCUUCAGCCCGCACGAGGUUGACAUCUCUGACCCGCCGACAUGUCAACAAAUCCAUAGCAUCAAGGGCGGGUUUCUAAAGUCGCCCUUCUACUCACUCCUCAUUACUAACUCCUCAAAUAUCUUUAAUGAGAUCCGCGUGGAGACCCAUCGUAAGUAUAAGCGUCUCUUGUCUAACCCCAUGUCCGAGACGGGUCUAAAGACAUUCUUGCCUCGGAUUGAUAAUAAGGUGCGCCUUACUGUUGAGUGUAUCCGUGAGGAAAAUGAGACUCGCGGUGCUGCGGAUAUUGCCAAGUGGUUCAUGUUUUUAUCGUUUGAUAUUAUCGGCGACCUGGUUUUUGGUGAGGGAUUUGGCCAGCUUGAGAGUGGUGUGGUGAGUAAUGUCUGGCUCGUUUUAGCUUUCAGAAGUGAACUAAUGAGGGGUUCUAAGGAAAACCAAUCUGUCAACGACUUCAGCAGUCUCGGCUUUGUCGGUGGCCUACGCUCAAUGUUCCCGACGAUUUCCUGGUUGUCUCUAUACCUGCCUAUCCCCGUCUUCAGAAACGCCACUAAGAUCCAGUACCGGACCUUUGACUACGCCCAAAGGGCGCUGGAUCGCCAUGCUAAGCGCGUUGAAGAGGUUGGUGAAGAUGUAAAGCCGACCGUAUUUUCCAAACUCUAUACGGCCGGGGCCGCGGAGACCUGGACGCCAAUUGAGGUCCGCGACAAUGCCCAGCUUUUUAUUGUUGGAGGCAGUGAUACAACGGCCAACACGCUAAUCUAUCUCAUAUGGACGGUGUGCAAGAUCCCGGACGUUAAGAAGAGGCUCCUCGAGGAGCUAGAAACACUAUCGGAGGACUUUGGCUAUGACGAACUCAAGGAGAUGCUGUACUUGAACUGCGUUAUCCAGGAGACUCUACGAUUGUAUACUACACUUCCCUGUGGACUGCCCAGAGUUGUUCCUGCCGGAGGCUCGAAACUUGCGGACUACUUUAUCCCUGAGGGUAUGACGGUCACGACGCAGGCGUACAGCUUGCACCGCGACGAAAACGCUUUCCCCAACCCGUAUCAGUUUUAUCCUGAGCGCUGGGAACACAUCACUCAGGAAAUGAAGGAUUGCAAUAUGGCGUUCGGUAGAGGAUCGAGGGCGUGCGUGGGAAGUUAUUUGGCUUGGAUCGAGCUUCGCUUGAUCACUGCCCGAUUUUUCCGCAACUUCCCUAAUGCGACUGUCUCUGAGUUGGAGGGAAUGUGUGACAAGGACAUGGAGCCUGCCCUGCACUUCCUCAUGGCACCUAGUGGUCACAGAUGUUUGAUUAAGCUCAAUGGCUGA